GGGUUGGUGGGAAAUUGCAAAAAGUGUGGAUUUGUUUAUCUUCUUAAACCAAUUUGCUUAUUUUUAUAAAAUAAUUAUUUAUUCUGAAAGGUAGCGGGUUUGAAAUUUGUAAUAAAAUAUUCUAGUUUAGUUGGGGCCUUUAGAUAUUUAUGAAGAUUUUGUCCCUAUUGAAGAAAUUCAAUUGAAAAAUGGCUGGGAACUUUUGGCAAAGUUCACACAAUCAACAAUGGAUAUUGGACAAGCAAGACUUAGUCCGAGAACGACAACACGACCUAGCCAUUUUGACUGAAGAAGAAUACCAAAAAAUAUUCAUAUUUUUCUCUAGCGUGAUACAAACCUUAGGAGAACAAUUAAAGCUCCGUCAGCAAGUCAUAGCCACUGCUACGGUUUAUUUCAAAAGAUUCUACGCAAGAAAUUCACUGAAAUGCAUUGAUCCACUCUUACUUGCCCCAACUUGUAUAUUUUUAGCUUCAAAAGUCGAAGAAUUUGGUGUCAUUUCAAAUUCACGUUUGAUUAGUACUUGUCAGACUGUUAUUAAAAAUAAAUUUGGCUACGCUUACACACAAGAGUUCCCUUACAGAACCAAUCACAUUCUAGAGUGUGAAUUUUACUUAUUAGAAAACUUAGAUUGUUGCCUAAUAGUCUACCAGCCUUACCGUCCUUUACUGCAACUAGUCCAAGACAUCGGACACGAAGAACAACUUUUAACGCUAGCAUGGCGAAUAGUAAACGACUCGCUUCGAACGGACGUGUGUCUUUUGUAUCCACCCUACCAAAUAGCCAUAGGAUGUUUAGGCAUCGCCUGCGUAAUUUUGCAAAAAGACCAGAAAUCCUGGUUCGCCGAGCUCAAUGUCGAUCUGGAAAAAAUCCAAGAAAUCGCCCGGUACGUUAUGAACUUGUUCGAAUUGUGGAAGACUUACGAUGAGAAAAAGGAAAUUCAGGCGCUGUUGGGAGACCCUAUUGUUAAAAACACAACCCUUAAAACACCUUUAGACGAAGAUUAUUAUUUAAGCUACGACUAUGAAAUCAGCAGCAAUUCUAGUUCGAAAGACAUCAAACCAGAUUCCCUGAUACUACCAAAUCCAGAAAACAUGGAACUCAAUUCUCCAGCUUCUGCUGUGGAUGUUUUACCGGACAUUGAGCUUCCCGACGACUCAUUGGCCGAUCCAGAUUUGAAAGAUCAUAAUUGCAUCGACAAUAUUAUGUACGUGUAUUAUGGAGGCAAUGGGAAAAAUACGAAAAGUUACGGAACUGGGAUUAUAAUUAUCGGAUCGGUAAUGAGUUGCGCCGCUCAAUUAUUGACUCUGUUUUGCGUGCUGCUCAAAAAAUACUAUAAAGGCAGGAAGAUUAGCAUGAUGCUGAUCGUUGUUCAUAUUUAUUUGACUAUGUUUUUGUCGAAUUUGAUUUUUAUGUUAGGAGUUUAUUCAACCAAAAACUCUGAAAACUGUUUACUUAUUGCCAUUUUAAUUAACAUAUUCCAUCAUCAUACAGCUAUAUGGAUAUUUUUGUACUGUUUGUAUAUUUAUAAGAAAUUUUGUCGCACCUGGGUGUCAGUUAUCUUCAAGAAUAUUAAUUGGUACACUUUGAUUACGCAUUUAUUGCCACCGCUGAUUACUAUAACAACGUACUACGCAAUCCCGAAAAGUUUCGAAACCAAAAAGUUCUGUUUCAAAUCGAUGCACAGAGGCAUGAUCCUAAACUUCAUGAUCCCAAUUUGCGUACUUUUAAUCCUGACCACUAUCUACGCUAUAAGCGCAAUGAUAAAAAUCGAAAAUUUAGAAGUGGCCAAGCUGGAUUAUCAUUACCAGAGCGAAUCUUUGCAGGCGUUAAACACCCAGCAAACACAAGAUUUGGAGAGUUUAAAGGACAAAAAAGACGAAAGUAUUAGUUACGUGGACGAAGAAUUGCAAAGCCUCAAAGCGACGAGGAAUUGUUUGAAGUCUUUGUGCGUGAUGCAAUUGAUGUUUGUGCUGAAUUGGUUCAUUACGCCUGUGGCUUUGGAUGCUAGUCACGAUGCUACUGAGUUACCGUAUUUGCAAAGUACUACUUCAAUGUUAUUGAAUUGGUUUGUGUUCUACAAAAGAAAAACCUUGCUGCCACUGAUUGACUACGCUGUAGAAGAGUGCUCGGAGCAGGAAAAACUAGACGACGACUUGCCGUCGUCUUCUGCAACCGAAGUUGUCAGUAUCACUUCUUCUGAUAGUAUUCCUUUGCUUAAAUCCGACGACAGUGCAACCGAACUCAAAGAGUUUUGUUGCAAUUACGAUUUGAAAGAUUGUGCCAAUGACUAUAAUAAUAUUUCUUCACAAGUAAUCGGCGAAGAGUACAAUGACACUCCAAUCAUCGGAGUACUAUCACAAGAAACCUACAUUAUUUCUUCGUAUUUCCCCAAUGCAACGUACGACAGUUACAUUGCGGCAUCGUACGUGAAAUAUUUGGAAAGUGCCGGCGCUCGAGUGGUACCCAUUUGGAUCGGACAAAACGAGGAUUAUUACAGGAGAGUGGUCCAAUAUACCAACGGUUUGUUUUUCCCAGGAGGUGGUACUUAUUUUAACGAAACCGGCGGUUAUGGAGAGGCUGCGACGCAACUUUAUAAAAUCGCUUUGGAGUAUAACAAUAAAGGAGUUUAUUAUCCAGUUUGGGGUACAUGUUUGGGCAUGCAAGUUUUAAUGUACGCAGCCCUAAGCGGUAUCAAAGACAUCCGAGUCGAUUGUAAUUUGAGAAAUGUCGCCGUACCAUUGGAUUUUGUAGAAGACUACAAAAAAAGCAGAAUGUUCCGCAACGCUCCACAGGACAUAAUCGAUAUCCUCAAACAACAAAACACCACUUACAACCUCCACAGAUAUUGCCUGACCAAAUCAGUAUUGAAAGAAAACGAUCUCUUAGACGAAUGGAAAAUUUUAACGACCAACAAAGACAUCAACGGGUUCGAAUUCAUAAGCGCAAUGGAACACAAAGACUUUCCGUUCUACGGAAUUCAAUUCCACCCGGAAAAAAAUCAGUUCGAAUUCAAAAGAAAUAAGGGCUUCCCGCACACGUUCAACAGUAUCAAAGUUGCACAGUAUUUUGCGAAUUUCUUCGUCAACGAAUGCAGGAAGAAUGGUAAUUCGUUUUCAAAUGAAGUUGUCGAAGCUGAUUCGUUGAUUUACAAUUUCAAUCCGAAAUAUACGGGAUUGAAGAGCGGGUAUUAUGAGCAGUUGUACGUGUUUUUGAAGGAGGACUUUGAGAGGCAUCAAAUGAAUUAAGACUGGAUUUUACGUGUGUAUUUGUUUUAGUAUUUAUUUUGUUUUAUUUUGAGUAUAUUGAAUGAUUUAUAGAAUAAAAAUUAGCCCUGCGAUAUCAGAC